AUGAAAUUUAAAAUCAAUAUUUUCGCCCUGAGUUUAAUCAUUGGAUUAAGUUCGAUGGCUGCAUCUGCAUCUGGCUUACAAACUGUAAAUCCACGUUAUGUCAGUUCAAACUAUGCAAAAACCAAAUAUCCAAUUGUAUUUAAUCAUGGGAUGUUCGGUUUCACACGUCUGGGGACUUCCUCCUUUGGCAUAGAUUAUUUCUACCAGAUCCUCCCUGAUUUAUCUCGCAAUGGCGCAAAAGUUUAUGCGACACAAGUCUCCCCAUUGGAGUCGACACAGGUUCGAGGUGAACAACUCUUACAGCAAGUCGAUGAAGUCAUCGCACUGACUGGCUCACCCAAAGUCAAUCUGAUUGGGCAUAGUCAUGGUGGCCCAACGAUUCGCUAUAUUGAAAUCGUUGCACCCACAAAAGUUGCUUCUUUAACUGCUGUUGCAGGGGCAAUUAAAGGUUCUAAGAUCGCGGAUGAUAUUUUAAGUAAUCGAGGUGCAAAUACGCUGCUGACUAUCUUUAGUCAACAUAUCUUAGCACCAGUGAUUACGCUUCUCGAAGGUAAUCCAUCCCUCCCCCUUAGCCUAAAUAACUCUUUACAAAGUGUGAGUGAAAAAGGGGCUGCUGAAUUUAAUGCAAAAUAUCCAAGUGCUGCGAUUCCCAAAGACUGUGGCAAUGGUCAAAAAGUAACAGCCAAUGGUGUUUAUCAUUAUUCUUGGACGGGUACAGCCCAAUUCACCAACAUUUUUGAUGUUAUGGAUGGCGUCAUUUCCACACUCGCACCUUUAUCUUAUAAAAAUUUAGAUAAUGAUGGCUUGAUGAAUCGUUGCAAUACCCAUUAUGGGCAAGUGGUUCGAGACAAUUAUCGUCAAACGCACUUGGAUGAAAUCAAUCAUGUUUUAGGGCUACGUGGAAUAUUUUUUGCACCAAACCCACUUGCUCAAUAUCGUCAGCAUGCCAAUCGUCUGAAAUUACAAGGCUUUCUACUGCUGGCGAGUACAUUAUCAACCGCAUAUGCAUCUAAUAAUGCGCAAAAAGUGACUGUCAGUAAAGUAAACUCGGACUAUGCAAAAACCAAAUAUCCUGUGGUAUUUGUGCACGGUAUGGCUGGGUUUAUUCGUGCUGGCGAUGUUUUAGGAUUAGACUACUGGUAUCAAAUUUUACCAGAUUUGGCUCGCAACGGCGCCAAUACAUGGGCUACGCGAGUAUCACCCUUUAAUUCUACUGAAGUCCGUGGUGAGCAAUUGGCUCAGCAAGUCGAAGAGAUUCUGGCAAUUACCGGCAGUCAAAAAGUCAAUCUGAUCGGCCAUUCGCAUGGUGGUCCUACCAGCCGCUAUGUCGCAGGCAUUAUGCCUACCCAAGUUGCAUCUGUAACCGCUGUUGGUUCACCACAAAAAGGCAGCCCUGUUGCAAACAUUAUCUUAAGUAUAGAAGGCACGCCGCUUCAAGGCCCAUUGGUGAGUGUGGUCAAUUUAUUUUCAAAAGCAAUUGUCUGGGCGCAAGGCCUUAACCCGAAAGAACUUCCCCAUGAUGCGUUGGCAGGUGGGAAAAGCCUCACCAUUGAAGGUUCUGCACUAUUUAACAGUAAAUUCCCAAUGGGCGUUGGCACCACAGUUUGUGGUGAAGGGGCUUAUCAAGAAAAAGGGAUUCAAUUCUAUUCAUUUACGGGCAAUACCGCCGUUACAAAUCUUUUAGACUUGGAUUCUGCCCUACUUGGCACAAGUUUAUUAAUUAAUGCUGGUCGUGAUAAUGAUGGUUUAGUUCCACGAUGUAGUGCCAAAUUCGGUAAAACGAUUCGUGAUGAUUACCGUUGGAAUCACUUAGAUGAGGAUUGCGUGCAAUUUUUUCACCAGAUCCAGUACAAGUCUAUCGUGAACAUACCAAUCGCCUAA